AAUGAAAACCACAAACUACAAACACUAAGUCAUCUUCGAUUCUCAUGAAAAGCCCAUCAAAUUAGAUAUGAAGACCUAUCAAAAAUAUAAAACUAAUAUUAUGCUUUAACCAAGAAUAUCACCUCGAAAAACUGAUAAAGUGAUCUACAAUCAGAAAAUGGUUAAUGAUUAUGUUGACAUUAUCAAUCAUAGAUUAAAAUUAGAAGAAACAGAUGUUGAUUCUAGGAAACUACCAUAGAAGAAUAAUUCAAUGUAUAAGUCAAUAAGUUCUCAACAUACUAAAUAAAUAUCACUUGUGGAACCUGUUACUGCAGAAAAACUAUAAAGUAAGACUAAUCUCGAUAAUCAUUCCUCAUUUUUUCAUAGUCGUAAGUCUCUAACUAGAGAAGAUAAAUUAUAUUUACUAUCUGAUCCACUUCAAGAAAUGUUAAAAACAAGAUAAUCUAUAACAGAUUUAAGGGCAAUAGAAAUAGAAGGAGAUGAAUUUACUUAAUAAUAUAAAAAUAAAAUAAAUGAAGACUAUGAGAAAGAAAUAUGUCGUAAAGAUAUGAUUUAGAGAAGAAUAUUUGAUAGUUAAUUGAAAUAUCAAGGCAAUAAUUCAAUUAAAUAAUUUAUAUUCUAAUAAAAUAUGAAAGCAUCUCAAAAAUUCCACACUGAACCUAUUGAUAAAAAUAUUCACAUUAUAAAAGAAUUUAUUGUGGAAGAUAAAUUAGAUAAGCCCAGAUAAUCUAAACUAAUUACCAAUAAUAAAAUCAAUCUUAUUACUCUUAAAUCUACAGGAAUAAAAUCUUUUUAGGAUUCUGAAAAUAAUAACAAUUCUAGUGCUUAGAGAUUUGAAGACUUAUAUAAAACAUGUAAUAAUUUCUAUAAAGAAUCUCGAUAAAUUAAAACUAAAAUCAUGAGACUUAAACGACAAACUUGGAGAAAAUAUUAAAAAAUCUUAUAAAUAGGAGCAUCUUAAAAAGAAAUUAAAAUUGAUUGA